AUGGCCAAUGUCGGCGAUGAGUGUCAAACGCAAUGUGCUGCCUAUUGCUUUGGAGCUCUUAGUCCUUGCAUGUCCAACCUGGCCAUCCUGCAAAAGCGAACGGAGGCCUGUGAGGCAGCUGUGACCAUAGCUAGGAUAGCUCUCACGGACAAGAGAUUGGACACCUUUGGGUCUCCAUUGAUCACUCAACAGGAUCGGGAAAAUAAAUCCCAAUUACUCCUCCCAGCAAAUCUGACCAAGGAAACUUUCACCCAACUUGGCACUAAGUAUUACUAUAUCGAAAAGGAACAAAAGUUAAACUGGCACGAGGCUUUGGGCAAAUGCCACAGGAUGGGUGGCCACUUGGCUAGUCCACAGAACCAGGAGGAGCUGGAUGCCUUCAACAAUAAACUGGUUGGUCUACAUCGCUACUGGAUCGAUGUGACCAAUCAGUUCAAGGAGGACGAGUAUGUGUCCUUCACCAGUGCCUCCACAGCGAAAUAUCUCCGGUGGGGAGGGGAACCCACCAAGGAUGGCAAAUGUGUGGAUAUUCGGACAUUUAAUGGAAAGACAACCAUGAAUGAUAAUACUUGCUCGGUCAAAUUAUUUUUCAUUUGCGAAAAGCUAGCUGACUUAUAGAUUUUCAUAGAAUUUUCCUAAUUAAAUUAAAUAGCA